AUGCAAGCUUGGACGCUCUUCCCCAUCAUGGCUUGUGGCCUCCUGAUGCUCUGCCCCCGGGGGUCCCCGACCAGCAUGGGCCACCCCUUGCCCAAACCCCUCCAAGGCCAAUACACCCCUCACCCGUCGGGCAGCCAUACCCCGCUCUCCGGACCGGAGAAAGGCUCUCCGGCGGCGUCCGACGAUUACGAAGACUACUACGAAGAUUAUUACAACAGCUUUUCAACCACCAAGACCCCCAGUUCCAGCUCCCCGGGGCCGCUGACCCCCUUUUGCGCCUACGACCGCUGCAAACACCUCCAGGUGCCUUGCGUGGAACUCAGCCAGCUGAGCAGAUGUUUGUGUCCUGGUGUCACCGGACCCGACGUGGCCCCGGACCCUCCCCGUUUACGAGCUGUCCACGUCAGCGAGACCAGAGCCAGCUUGCACUGGUGCGCCCCUUCUUCCACGGUCCACAAUUACUACCUGAAGUACCAACUCCUCGGCGAGGACUUCAUUUCAGGGCCCCCACUAAACAGCACCGUCCGCUUCACGGUGGUCCCCGGCCUCGUCCCCGGCACCGAAUAUCUCUUCUGCGUCGUUGCGGCCAACCGAGCUGGGUCCAGCCCAACGGAUGAGGGCGUUCGAGAACACGGGCCCUGCCGGCGGGUUCGAACCCCGACUCGUCAGAGGACCUAUGUCUACAUCGCGGUUGGCUUGGCCUCUGCUCUCGUCCUCGCGGGUGUCUCUGCCCUGCUUUGGCGUUUCUACGUACGGAAAGCCAAACCUGUUCAGCACGGAUCCUUGGAUAACAUCCUGGACGGAGAGGCGAGUUCGGGACAUUCCGGAACCACCAACAGCUUGUUCCAGACGGAAGAACAGCUGUGA